CAAGCGUUUGGGGAAACGUUUCCACCCGGAUACUUUAACAUGUUGCGCAUCGGCAAACCAACAAUAGAAAUGGCUCGAAGCAGAACUUGUGGACACAUGGCCCGGUCCCAAGCGUUUAUGUAAUAAAGAUGUGUUUAGGAAUGAAUUAAUGAAUGAAGUCACCGAGAUGACGGAAUCAACAGAUACGUUAUGCGUUGAUGAUGUUGAUGACCUUUUCCCUCACAACUGGAUCCUUCACCACCCAAUGUAUCUGCGGAUGCAGAGUUUGGACGUGGAGGACGGUGCUCAGGUCCACGCAGCUUUCCUUGUUUACAUGGAUCUAACCGAGGUGCGUCACUGGAAGGACGUUUCUAGCCUUAAAUGUCCCGAGCUACAGGUGGUGUUGUUGGAAGGACGGGAGAAGGAGGGGGCCCCCAUGCAGAGCAUCCUACCCCUUCCCGUUCACCAGUAUCUGAACCACAAAAGUGUGCGUACCGUCUUGGGCCGCGGCUUCCCUUUGUUGCUGUGUGUGGUCGCGUCUGACUCCACCCUGGUUUACCAGAGGAUGACUGAUGGCUUUGUGACGCCGGACCCUCCCGCUGGCCAAAUCCAGGACCACGGUCGCCGGCAGCACCGCAAAAGACACCAGCAACAUUGACCAUCAGAGAGCAGAAAGUAAAGCACUGUUGCAAUCCUGUUUUGGAACCAUGGUAACGAUCCAUGUUUCCAUGAUCCAUCCUUGUGAAGUAAAAAUUAGACAGAAAAUUGCAGCCUGUGUGAGGGGAACCCUAAUGGUUUACUUUAAAUCAUGUUGGAAAUUAUAUUUUAAGAGAAAACAAAGCCAUGGGUGAUGUUCAUAAGUAUGGCCAACUGUGACGAGGACUGGAAUGUUAUUGUUAAGGAUAGAAACUGAAGUCACUUCAUGUGCAAAUCAUAUAGUCGAUUAUCGUUUUAGGCGCAUGGCCUUGGUUGUCUUGUUGUGAAUUAAUUUCCUAUUCUGAAUCCCAAUGUCAUUGGCCUUGGAAACACUUUUAUUUUUACAAAAAAAACAAAAAACAAAUCAAACAUACUUACAAAAACAUUCACUGUGGCAUUAUUCUGGUGAGAGAAAUACAGAAAUGAGAAAGAAAAUGCAACUUAUGUGUAUAUUUGCGAUUCAAACUGAUACUGGAAAGGGGCAUUAUCUGCCAACUGGUAGUGUCUGCAAAUGUGAGUGCGUCUUCUCAUUUCAUGGUGGUAAAAGUGAGGCGAAGACUUGACUCCAUGAGACCACAAUAAGUACAAAUGAACCCUGAGACUUAUUUGAAACAUACCCUACACCUCAAGAUAAAUAGACAUGGACGGGAUAACACAUAUGUACAUUUAUGGCUGACAUACU